AUGCGUUCUUCAUCAUUCGGAGAAGAUCAGAUAUGGUUGACCAACAGUCAAGGAUCGCCUUCGCAAAGAAGGUCGUCUGCGUUUGACUCGAUAUGGGCCAACAGUAAUAACAACACAGGUAUGGGAACAGGAGUUCCGAGAAGCGGUGGAAACAGUGGUGGAAACAGCGUGUCUAGUGGCUCGGGAGCUGGAGGAGCUAAUAGUCAGGGACCACCAGGAGCUGGCAGUCCGAAUGGGCCGGGUGUACCAAGUGGACCCACAGUUCCAAAUGGAGCCAAUGCUAAUAUUUGGUCCAUGAAUCGUGGUAGUGUUGGAGCACCGAAUGAUUUCGUAUCACAGAUGCCGCAAAUGUUUAACAGGAACUCAUUUGCAGGCCAGGUACAUUCAUUCAGCCCAAAGUCACCUCCGCAAUCCGAGUACGAGAAUUUGGGGCAAUACGGGAUUAAUUUGAGGAGACACUCGUAUGGAGAUGUGUACAACCAUAAAAAUGCUGGGGUUGGUAAACAACCUUCGCUUUCAACAUUGCCUCCUAACCCUAACUUCUUGCUGGAUGACAGCACUUUGGAAAUGGUUAAUGAAUAUUUUGAGAAGGACCCACACGAGAGAGUUAAGGUGACGGUCCUGUUGUUGAACGAAAGAUAUUUUGACGAGGAGAAGUACUUAGGAGAAUCUUACCAGUUACCCAAAUUCCCUAUUGAAAAUUCUCUUAGGAAUUAUCAAUUGGUUCUUGUUGGAUUUAAGGCAGGAAGAAUCGAUGUAUUUUAUUUGCCAGCAUCUAAUGAAGUUGCGAAUUUGAAGGUUGGGGAUUUAGUUAUCGUCGAGGCAGACAGAGGAAGGGAUUUAGGAAAAAUCUUCAAGAUGAACAUUUCUAUUGAUGAGGCAAGGUUGAUGAAAUUAUUGCAGUUUCAAGAGCAACAGGCCGCAUUAUCUGAAAAUGAUGUUGUUACGGAUUUAUCUGUUAAAAAUUUGAAUUUCCAAACUUCUCCUAUAUCACCACCUACGUUACACUACCCUAAGCCUAUAAUUUCGUUGGCUCAACCAAAUGAUAUACUACAGAUUUUAAACAAAAAGCAGGAUGAAGAGAAGGCUUGCAGACUUUGCUUGGCGAAGAUUGCAAAUAUUACUAAUGCUACUAGCAAUGGUAACGAAUUAAUUCCUCCUAAUGGACCUACUUCCACUAACUCCAUGGAUUUGUUACAGAUGAAAUUGAUUGAUGCAGAAUAUCAGUUUGAUAGGAAAAAAUUAAUAUUCUAUUACUCAACACAUAAGCGAAUCGAUUUUAGGGAUUUGGUAAGAGAAUUAUUUAGAAUUUAUAAGACAAGAAUCUGGAUGUGUGCUGUUAUUGGAAUUCCUUAUAUCCCAAAUGCUGGUUUGCAAAAUUAUGUCAGUCCUAUUUUAAAUAACUCUAAUACUUCUAACGAACAAUAUAAACCAGCAACAGAGGGUAAUCAACCAUUCAAUCAAUUCAACAUGGGACCCGAUCCACAUACAAAUGUUCCAUUUCAAAAUUUUGCGGCAGGGCCAGGACACGGGCCAGGGUCAGGACCCAUGUCUAUGGCAGGACCUAGCGCGCCAGGACCAAAUGGACAUUUCCAGGUUCAGGAACAAUAUAAUAGAUCGGCACCUGCAACCUCAGGGGGACAAGGUGCCGGUCCAAUGUCAGCAUCUGGACAUAUGCCAUUAAUUAACGAUCCGUUUAGACAAUCAAUGGGGCAGCAUCCCUUCCCACCUUACUCUGACGGAAGAUUAUCAUAUCAAGGGUAUUAUGGUGAUUAUAAUAGAAGAUUGUCUAUGCAAGGGCAAGGAGAAAUUCCUCGGAAGUUCCUUAAUGGAAAGGGAGAUGGAAGUGAAAAAGAGCAGGACUCAAACAACGAAUCAUUUGUUUUAAAAUCAUUAGUUGAUUCUAUUGACCAUUGA